UUUCUCUAGAAGAUAGACAGAAAAGAGAGCGUGUGGGAUCAGGUGGUGAAUUGGUCUUUCUUCUUCGUCGCUCUCGUUCUUUGACUUCGGAAUCCCAUUUCACUUUCCUCCUUUUCUAUAAGCGAGUUUUUCUUCCACGGACGGCUUCCCAAUUUUCCUUCUUUUGUUAUCAUUUCACGAGGGGGGGGGGGGAUCUUGGAAAUUCCAAAGUUCUCCGAAGCCCACUUCUGCUUCGGCUUUUGUCUUCUUCUUCCGACAAUUCUUUCGAAUCCUGAACGAGCAUUUUCUGAGGAUCAUCACCAUUUGAAUUUAUUUUCUUCCAUUGAAGAUCCAUUAGUGCCAGUUUAGUUAAAGCCAAAUUCUGAAACUGGGUCUUUGACGGUUUCGAAUUUCGCUGUUGCAAAUUUGUAGUUUUCUGAGCUUACGCGCUUUAAUGGUUAUCACUGAAGAACAAGAAGGUAAGCAUUUUUGUUCAUCAUCAUCCUUAAUAAAAGUUCUAUAAAUAUUGUAUUUUUUUAAAGAGCCUCAUUUCCUGGAAGUUGUGCUUUAUUUAAUCGAAUCUCCACCAGUAACCCAACUCAUCCAGCUCAUUCCCACGGGAAUGUUCUUUUCAAUCUAAUCCUAAUUCCAAUUAUCAUAUUUUUCAUUCACACCUUUUACUUUUGUUUCGUUUCCAAUCCAAUCUUGAUUGUGUUUGUGGGGGGGGGUUAAUGGGUUGCGCAAGUUCGAAGCAAAAGCGAUGCCGGCACUGCCAGAGCCCCUAUUCCCCUGCCCCCAGAAGCUACUCUAUGCACAUCCACCACCCACCAGAGAGCCAAGGCGAUAGCUACCAUGUUGUCGCUCUCACCUCCUCCACACUGGGUUCAAUCAAGCUCGAGCCUUCCACCCAAAUCAACCAUUUCAACAAGAAGAUCAUCGAUGUCGACGAUGAUCUCACUAACGGCGAUGGCAAUUACAUUGGCUAUGUCGAGGACAACCGGAAGAAGAGCAAGGAAUUUGCAUUAGGCCUAAUCGAGGCCAAAACAUGGUCAAACAUGAUCGAAGAGAAAAUCCCAAAAGCUGUUCCCAGGACGCCGAUUAGAACGCCACCAGGAGAGCCCGAGACCAUCAAUAUAUGGGAAUUAAUGGAAGGCCUUGAAGACGUUAGUCCUCUGCGGUCCCCUAAUCACUUCAGGAGCUUUUCUUUUGAUGUUGUUCGCAGUCCAAAUCCUAUUCCGGUUGAUAUUGCUUUUGAUCGUCCAAAGUCAAGAUUUCAAGGAAACGGCACGCACUCGCCGAAGCCUAUGUGGCUUCAUGUGGGGGAAGAUGAUGCGGAUUCCGUGGAUAUGAUUUCCCAAUUCGAUCCCCAAGUCAUUUCUACGUUCAGGAAAUCGCUCCAAGAGCUGCCACCUGAUAACCCAUUUCACCUUCGGUCACUGGACAAUGAUAAACACCAAGAGCAACAAUCGGCUACAGAAGCCAGCAAUGACUUGCCAUUGGAUGUCGACAGUGAAAAGAAGGUAAAUGGUACUGUUGUGAGUGAUUACAAAUGCGGGAAGGACCAAGUGGUGGUGUACUUCACAAGCCUGCGAGGGGUGCGGAAGACGUAUGAGGAUUGUUGCCAUGUGAGGGUGAUCAUAAAAGGCCUUGGCAUCCGAGUUGAUGAGCGGGACAUGUCGAUGCAUUCGGGGUUCAAGGAGGAGCUCAAAGAGCUAUUGGGAGAUGAGUUUAAUGGGGGAGGCUUGCCGAGGGUGUUUGUAGGGAAAAAGUACAUAGGCGGGGCUGAGGAAAUCCGGCGAUUACACGAGGAUGGUCAGCUCGAGAAGGUGGUAGAGUGUUGCGAAAGAGUGGAUGAUGGUGGUGGAGUUGGGGGUCAUGGUCUAGCUUGUGAGGCUUGUGGGGAUAUAAGGUUUGUGCCUUGUGAGACAUGUUCAGGAAGCUGUAAAAUUUACUAUGAACGCGAUGAAGAAGAGGAAGAAGAAUGUGAUGAUGAGGAGGGUGAGUAUGGGUUCCAACGUUGCCCUGAUUGCAAUGAAAACGGGCUUAUACGCUGCCCCAUAUGUUGCUAUUAGUUUUCAGGUUGCACCGACAAUGUACUUUUCCCAUUUUUGUGUCCAUUUCUUUUCGCUUUUUGGUUCCCUAAUUUAAUUUUCCCUUUGUGAGAGUUGUUUGUUGUACAGUGGAGUAUUAUUUGGUAUGCUUGGUUGGAGAUUAAUGAGAAAAAAAAAACUGUAAUAGGAGAGGGUGAAUAAUGUGUUCUAAGCAGAUUUCCUCAACCUCAAAAGAAUGCUAUAAGGGCUUUAUACGAAUAAAUUUUGAUUUCAGAA